CUCGUAGUAUUUGAGCACUAAUGCCGUCCAAAAUAAAAUAAGAAUGCUCCUGUCUCAAAGCGGAUAGGAUGCUGCUCAAACAACUUACUGAAAGCAGCAAAGAGCAAGCUGCGUGAGCCAACACAUUCUCGGAAUUGCUUUGUUGAAGACUAGGUUGCAAGAGACGUUUGUGUACAGCUGUCUUUGUUCAGAUUGACGUCGCAAAAAGGGGUUGAUUGAGGGUUAGCAUUGACGGAAGCGUCUAGAGCCAAAUAUGAUGACAAUCGACUGAAAGAGGAAAGGACAAAACACAAAGCCAUUGCUUGACUUUCUACUUGAUAAUGAAGAUAUUUCCUAAAGAUAUCUCCUAGCAACUUCUCUCUAGGGUUGAGAGCUGGCUCUUAUUACUUGUCCCAUCUUUUCGUCAUUUCCCCUACCCCUCCUUACCACUCAACGCUACCAUCGACGAGGUUUCAUUCACGCUCAAGGAAGGCCAAGACUGUGAGAUUAGACAUAGUGCACAUAUACCAGCAUGUUGGCAAACAAGCCACACCAUUCGAGCCUCUCCCGGGAUGGGAAGAAGGCUAAACUGCGAAGGCUAAAGAAGGAGCAUCAACGGCUUCUGGCUUACAUGGCUAUCUACCAAUACAACCUUGAAGAACAGAGGACAGAUAAAGACGAUUCGGCUUCGGAAGUCCGUGUGCCAAAACGUGCACUUGCAAGGAGAGAGGGGGCGCGCCGCUCAAGGGAUGAACGGAUUCGCAAGCAAGGAGAAGACAGUGAGCUUUUGGAGCCACCUGCAACAUCAUUACCAACCCCAUCUCAGGGCAAAGCACUCGAUAGGAAAAUAGCGUCUUAUAAAGACCGUAUCAGGCGCACGUCAAUGCAACUACUGGUGGCCCUUGCGGCUGGGUCCCAAAGUACCGACCCUGAAAUCCAAAGUCGUCAGUCGCACUCAACCACCGUCACAAGUUCUACAUCAAAUAGUACUGACGGUGAUAACAACGAAAUACCAAUAUCUGCUAUGGCCCAGACUAUAGGGGCUCAAACCAGUUCGACCUCAAGUCGGGGUGAUUGGGCAGAUGAGAUCGCAGCCCCUAUCAUGGACAAAUACAUGAAAAGGGUCUUUCUCUCUGGCGCGGGACAGGCACAGCCAAGUUCUCCAAAGGCGGGUGACUUAAACACCGGCAAACCAAGUAAUGCUCCAGACCCUAGUGUCUAUGAUUCUAGACUAUGGAAACGACUUGAGUACACCGAUGAUGCCGCCUGGCUCAACAAAAACUCCGUGUUUGAACAACCCAAAGAUCACACCCCGGAAGGAUGGGCGACGUGGAAAACACAAGAGAAGACUUACCCGAGCCUAGCCGUAAUCCUAGGCCGCCAGAAAGUGGACAUGGACAAGCUAUGGGAUCCAGAUCAGAGAAGCUUGGAAGAAAAGAAGAGAGCACAGCACGGCCGAGCUGGCUCUGGGCAUCCACACCUGGAACCUAGCUCCAUCACUUUGCUUUCACUCGAAAGACGAAUUGGCUUCGAGCGACGAGAGAUGAACCCCCUAUAUCGGCAUUACUCCCAGGUGCCGGUGAGCUUGCCGGCAAGAGUGAGCGACGAGGAUAUGAGUCAUGGCCAUAUAAAAACGCCGCCACCACUUCCGCUUGAGGCACCAUCUGGCUAUAAGGUAUCGCUUGCCCCGAAAUUGGAUCCCAAUCCGUCUGAAGUUGAAACCGCGAGAAGGAAGAGGCUUAGGAUUUCGCGCAAAGAUAUGGGGCCAGUGCCGGAGGCGCAAUAUGAUUAUCCCACCGACUUACCUGCCAACCCAACUUUCAAGUUCAGUGGCGGUAGGGGGGUUGCCGACUUUGCAAAGCUGAAUCCAAUAGACGAGACCCGACAUGUUCGGGGUAGCCAGCAGAUAAGAGAUGCAGGCGAGAUUAUGGCAGCGCAGGAGGCCCCAUUCGUAGAGCCAUACACCUUCGAAGGCAAGAUGCCGCCACAGCCACCAGGGUUCAAAAUGCCUCCCCUCGUCAAACGUUCUCGCGAGGAACGGGACAAGGCGGAAGCCGAACUGGCAGCUAAGAGGAAAGAAUUCCACGAAGGGAUGCUAGGUAAACUGCAAGCGCGGGGACACUCCUUUGAUCCCCAUGAUCCGUUUUGGCAUUACGAAGGGGGCGAAGACAGCCAGGGGAAUGUCGGCACGACCUUACCGCAUCCCCCGAACACCCCUAUAGCCGACGGGGAAGAACCGCAGGAGGACAUAGCCACGAAUAACCCAAGUAAUGUAACAAAAAGAGCCUACUCGGUUGCGCUCAGCAGGUAUAAUUACGAGGCGCGCCGAUACAAACAAGAGAAGGAAGAGGCAAAGAAGGCUGGGCACAAGGUCCCGUCCAAGCCACCUGAACUCAUUUUAGCUCAGCGAAAUUUAACGAAGGCCGAGUCCAUGGUGAAAGGAGUCGUGGUAAAUGAGGGAACGAACAGCGAGGUGCAAGAAGGACAACCAACCCCACAACCAGAGGAGGCGGGAAAGAAUGUUGACAAAGGAAGACAGAACAAGCGGGUAAGAUUUGAUAUGCCAGAGUAGUGGUCUAUACCUAUCAGGCAUCUAGUUAUGUAGGUAGGCAGGCACCUAGGCACCUAGGCACCUAGGCACCU